ACUACAACCACAGCUGCAGACACAACAACCACAGCGGCCGAGACUACAACAACAGCUAACGAGACUACAACCACAGCGGCUGGGACCACAACGACAUUUGCAGACAGAACAACAACAGCUGCCAAGACUGCAACCACAGCUGCAGACACAGCAACCACAGCAGCCGAGACUACAACAAAAGCUGCAGAAACAACAACCACAGCAGCCGAGACUACAACAACAGCUCCCGAAACAAAAACAACAGCAGCCAAUACAAGCACAGCUGCCGAGUCAACAACCAUAGCUGCCGAAACAAUAACAACUUCCAUAACAGCAACUACAUUUGCUGAAACAACAACCUCAGCAUCCGAAACAGCAACUACAGCUCCUAAAACAACAACCGCAGUGGCCAAAACAAUAAUCACAGCUUCUGAGACUACAAGUACAGCGGCUGAGACUACAACAACACCUGCCAGAAUCACAACCACAGCAGUCUCUCCAACCACAGUAGCUGACUCAACAACCACAGUGACCAAGAUAACGACCAUAGGGGUCGAGACAACAACCAAAGCAGGUGAAACAGCAACCACCGCACCGACACCGACCACACACGUUCCUGCAACAACUACAGCUACUCUAACAUCAUCAACAUCUUCAGCAGCAACAACCAGAGCUACUACAAAGAGAUACAUCAUCUUCAGAUCCCUUCAGAGCAGUUUUACAGAGGACUUGUUGAAUCAAUCAUCUGCAGCCUUCAACAGUCGAUCUUCUUCAAUAAAGGAACAGAUUGAACCUGCUUACAGGCUUGCGUUCCCUUCUGUCUUUGUCUCUCUGGCCGUGGUGGCGUUCAGGCAGGGAUCAGUCAUCAACACCAUGGAACUCCAGUUUGUAAACUCAUCCGUUCCUAAUGACACUCAGAUCAAGGAUGUUUUGAUUAGUAUGACUUUAAAAGUCAAGGGCUUUGACAUAGAAAAUUCAACCAUAUCAGUCAGUGACACAUCUGCAGCAACAACUACCACAGUUACCCCAUCAACAACCACACCGGCAGAAACAGCCAUCACACCUGCAGGAACAAAUACCACAGCAGCUCCAACCACUAUGACAACUGAGAAAACAACUACUGCACCUGUUCAAGUUUUUCUGUUUUUACAGUUCCUUGAACCAUAUGUACCUGAACUCAAUGACCCCAGCAGCAGUGUGUACAAAGAUCGCGAAAGACGGGUUAAAGAGACGUGUGAUAGAGUAUACCACCCAAAAUUUCCUUACUACAUUGGUGCCAUUCUGAUUAAGUUCAGUAUUGUUACAGUCCAAACACGAGUGGAUAGAACUGAGGCAAAGGUGGAGCUUGUGUUCAAUCAAACAGCUCCCAAUGCAAAAGUCCCAGAGAAGAAUGUCAUUGUUCAAACUUUAAAAGAUGCUAUUCAGAAUUCCAGCAUCAAUUUCACCAUCACCAUAUUUCCUGACACAGUAUCAGUAACUUCUGUUCCUGUCAAUGUCACGACUGCUGCACCAGCAACUACCAAUUCCACGACUGCUGCACCAGCAACUACCAAUUCCAUGACUGCUGCACCAGCAACUACCAAUUCCAUGACUGCUGCACCAACAACUGCCAGCUCCACUAUGGUUGCAAAUACAGCUUCCCUACCUGCAACUGCUAUAUCUACUGCAUCAACUGCAACUUCGGGUGGAGCACCUCACAAGAUUAGUCCCAGCACUGCUUUCAUCUUGGUGCUGUUGUUAUGGCUUCUACCAAGUCAGUAAUAGUAUCUGUGCUGUUUCCAUGUGGAUGACCAAGCAAACAACUCUGCCAAGUUGAACUCUUUCACUGAUAUAAAAAAAGGGAUUUAAUGUCACUAUAAAUCCAAGGUAUGUGAUUAUCUAAAGGGUUGUUUCAUUUAAGGUGAACUUAUAAUCAGAUCCAUUUUUGUAUUUAUCGGACACAUCAAAAAGAGUGGAUUAGGUCUGUUGUCAGUAUGAGUAAGUCGUUAGCCUAAUAGUAUAAUUGCCUAAGUCAUAUUUUGGACAAAACUGAGAUAUCUAUCUAAAUGAAUCUACACUGUUAGCAGAGUAGAAUUAGGUAGGUAUCUCAAAAUAUGCCAAAAUAUGACUUAGGCAAUUAUGCUAUUAGGCUAACGAAGUAUUGUUGGUUGGGAAUGACCCUGACCUGAACAGAAUGACACAGACAACUUUAAGCUGUUAAUUGAAUCAUCAGCAUAGACAAAAGAUUAAGAAGUAUGGGUGCUUUUAUAGCCUAGAGACUUAGUACUUCAUUCAGUCGCUGAGUUUAAGUCAGCUCCAGGUCUCUAGCUUUUUGUUUUGUCCCCAUCUUCAUGUCUGUUAACGGUUUCUUUCUCAUAUAAGAGAAAACAUAAACAAAUUGAUGUUUUAGAAUUUAAAUAAAAUAACAACAAUAAACAUUUUCAUAGUAUUCAAA